AUGGAGUUAGCGUUCGAUAUACCUUCGACAUGCUCAGGAGUCGUGACCAAUAGGUGCGACCUCAAGGUUGCCGAUCAUGUAUUUAAUAAUCUAGAUGUUGCACAUAAAGCUCUAUUUGUGGAAUCAUGCUUCCGGCCACUAGUGCACAUUCCCGAUUUGAAAUUGGCGUCUCAAAUAAUCCACCACCUUCUUCAAAGGACCUUGAAAUCAUCCGAGAACGAAAAAUACGUUGUGUGGUUCAAAUUUGGAGAAAAGGAAGCUAGAUUCGGGUUACAAGAAUUUUCUCUUGUAAGCGGAUUGAAGAUUGUGCAUGAUGUGGCUUCGUACGAGGUCCCGCAAAGAAGUAGUUCUCUUUUGCAUUUAUUCAAAGGGAAGCGAGGGAAGCUAACAAAGAAAGAUUUACUCAAUAAAUUUGAUGAUUUGGUAAAGAAGAAGGAAGAUGCAGAUUUGAUAUACAAAUUGGGGCUUAUCACGGUCCUUGAGCAUGUGGUUUUGUCUAACAAGUGUCGGACUCUUGUGGAUGAAAAAUGGUUUCAUCUGGUUGAAAAUUUGGAGGAGUUCAAUAGCUAUCCUUGGGGGAACUUGUUUUACGAGUAUACCGUUUGGGCAUUCGAGGCACUGCCUGAGCUUGGAAGAAAAUUUGUUCAAACUUGUGGGAGUGGCAGAUUUCUGAGAAUUUUGUCUUGGAAAAUGGAAAAACAGUUGCGAAGCGAGCAACUUAGUGUGUUUUUCAACACGUCGGAGGUUGAAGUUCGACGAACGUUACAACCUUCAAGGCAUGAAGUUCAAACUUUAUACUUGAAGAAAUUCCGUAUAGCAGAAGAAGAAGAAAUUGUCCCUGAAGAUGAGGAGGAGGAAGAAGAAGAAGAAGAAGAGGAAGAAGAAGAAGAAGAAGAAGAAGAAGAAGAAGAAGAAGAAGAAGAAGAAGAAGAAGAAGAAGAGGAAGAAGAAGAAGAAGAAGAAGAAGAAGAAGAAGAAGAAGAAGAAGAAGAAGAAGAAGAAGAAGAGGAAGAAGAAGAAGAAGAAGAAGAAGAAGAAGAAGAAGAAGAAGAAGAAGAAGAAGAAGAAGAAGAGGAAGAAGAAGAAGAAGAAGAAGAAGAAGAAGAAGAAGAAGAAGAAGAAGAAGAAGAAGAAGAAGAGGAAGAAGAAGAAGAAGAAGAAGAAGAAGAAGAAGAAGAAGAAGAAGAAGAAGAAGAAGAAGAAGAGGAAGAAGAAGAAGAAGAAGAAGAAGAAGAAGAAGAAGAAGAAGAAGAAGAAGAAGAAGAAGAAGAAAAAAAAAAAAUGAUGCAUCUCAGUCUGAUCCACCACAACUGCAAGUUUUUGAUUUCAGCUAUAGUCAGGGAGGUUGUGAAGGAUGAGAUGAGAUUAUUUUCUGAGCGAAUGGAAAUGAAGAUGGACAAGUUUUCUGAGCGAAUAAAAAUGAAAAUGGACAAUUUUUUUGAGCGAAUAAAAGAUUUAGUUUUUCAACCAAAAGAUACUCCAUCUACCUGUGCUACUUAUGACGGGACAAAUGUUGAUGAAGAGGAUGAUCUGGAGAAUAAUCAGCAGGAUACGGAGACCGCUCGAACAGUAGAUGGUGUUGAAGACACGAUCAAUUCACCAUCUCCCAUACCCGAGAAAGAAAAGGUGAGAGUGAUGACAUGGGCUUGGAGAUGA